AUGGCCGAGUCAGAGCCAGCCAGCGAUGACUACAUCAUUGACUGUGUCAAGAAAAUGGAUUCACUCGGCCUGGACGACUACGGCUUCAACCUGACGCGCACACACUACGAGGACGAGGCGCUCUGGCAGACGUUUCGCAAGCAAUUUGACGUUGCGCUGGAAAGGGGUCUAGAGAGCGCGCCAGAAGAAUGCGCGGAUGCUAUAAAGAGGCUCGACAAUAAGAUUCUCACGCGCUUUCUUGACGAUCUGGACUUUGCGCGUCAGGGCCCAGAAGGUGUAUCGGCGGCGUUUCAGAUAUUUUGCCUCGACCAAGAUUCUGAAGAUGAGGUAGAGGAAGAGGAAGAGGAAGAGGAAGAGGACGAAGACGAUGCAGAGGACGACAACAAACCGUGGUCGCAUGAAAUGGGACCGGGCAUUAUAAGGAGCAUGUGUCUCAUGGUGGACGAGGCGAGUAUGCGCUCGUUCGAAACCGAACCGUACGUCAUUGCCGUGGAUGCGCUGUUGCACACGGGUGCGGACCUUGGGUACCCAGGAUACUUUAAAGUCGCGAUUGACAGUCUGAUGCCCAAAUUUUACGCGGCUGUUGGUCACUUUGACUUGGACAAGGUGGCUGCUGCGGUGGACGAGGAUGGCAUCUGGCGGGGGAUGAACAGACAUGUCAAAUCACAAAAAUAA